GAGACGUUCGGUGAAGCAAGAAACUCACAUUCACCAUUCACUCAUGCUCGGAGCUUCACCUUUUCCCCGGGCAGGUGUCUUGGCUCCGGUGCACCAGUGACUUUAAAAAGCCUGUUCAACACUCCAAAAUCUUACUGGCCCACCAACCACUCACCGGCCCGCCUUACCAAGUACCAUAUUAGCGGCCGAACAUAUAUAGCUAUCCGCAGCAUGCCGGAGUAUGCUCGUAACAAUGAGGGGCCUCCACAGGAGGACCCCGUGAACCCAUGUGCCGACUCGGGUAGUAAAUCUGCGGGCAACGCGCCGGAGGACUCCGUGGAGGCCCGCGUUGAGCCGGCGCACAUUGCGGAAGAGGGCCCGCCACAAGCCCUUCAGCGUACGAAGCUACCUCCGUUAGACAUCGCCGUCGGGAGAGAGUAUCUAGGCAGCUCUCCACGGCGGCAUGCGUGGUCUCAAGCAAACGGCGUUUGCAAGAGUAGUGCCAGCCACCCAACAAGACUCGCGAUACGGCGCCGCGACCUUUCGGCCAAACUCGAGCAGCUUCUUGCUAAACCCAAAUCCCGCAGCUCCACCGCUGAUCCCAGCGUUGGAUCAAAGAUGGACUUCAACAACGGCUUUAAUACUGGGAAUGCUGGCAUGGGUUUCAAUCCUCUUAUGAAUAUGAUGUUCAUGCCGAAUACCCUAGGUGAGAUGCCACCUACACCAUACACCUCGGGGGGAGUGGCGUAUGAGACCGGCAAUUUGAAAUUUGAGGUUCAAGCACUCAAAAACUCAACCGACUUGCAUAACCGAGAGAUUCUGCGACAUAGCACCAGCAUUGCGGAGCUGGUCAAAAUGAACGUUGAUAUGCUCAGGAGUAUGAGAGCUCUUGAAGGACGCGUUCAACGCCAGGAGGUCAUCAUCGAACGUAUCCAAGCUGUAGCGGAGCAGGAUGACUUAAUUCGACGCGCGCUCUCUCAAAACGGGAUUGAAGUCCCAGGACGUGAACAUAGGCGCUCGCCAACCCCAAAUUUCUCGGAGGACGGACUCACCUUCGGAAGUGAGGAGGAAGGGAUCCUCAAUCAUGACCAGUAUGUGCGCGAUUACACGCCUGUUGAGAACAACGUACUCCUACGCAGCGUCCAUACACCACCUCCACACUCCCCAGCUGGGCCGUCUGGCUCCUCUCAGAAUACACCGAACAAUAAAGCGGCCACCGGAUCGCCAAGCAAAACGCCAAAUUCCAAAUACGGAAAGAAUGGCGUUAAGCCGGGGCAUGGCAUGCUUCAGAAACGCAAGGUCCACAAUGGAACUUCCAUGCUGCCGCCGCCAAUGACUUUCGUUCCGCGUGUCCCGCUUACUGACAAGGAGAUCGUUGUCUACUUCUUCAAUUCGCUCUCUCGCCCCAUCGUCUCUAUUCGACUAUACGCACGCGGUUGGGGCCCGUCCAAGAUUGUGGAGACGCUCAAUGCGCACCGUGACAUCGAACCUCCGUAUCUGCGUAAUACUUGCUCUGUGAAAUGCACCACAGCACAGAAGCGAGGGGUUGAGAAGUGGGGAGCGGAAUGGGACACGAGCAGGCGCGAGAUGUUCAGCAAUAUGGAUGAUGUCGAGGCCACCCGUCUUAUGUACAUCGGUGAAGACGAGUGUGAGGAGCCUGUUGAUAUCGAUGUCCUGGAGCUUCUCAAAGGACUGAAGAAGCAUGCUGAGCUCGAUGUGGAGAGCGAAUACCCCCAAUAUGGCAUCUUCACGCGCUGUGUCAUGUGGUGCGAGGAGAACCAGAGAUCCUGCCUCAUGUCCAACAUCCAUGAGGUCGCUAAAGCUCUUGAGGAGGGCAACACACAUCUUCUCGGCAAAGAGCUCAGUGUGCGUCAAGCUAAUGAGGAAGCUCCAUAUAUGUCUUCCGGAGAUCAACGCCAAACUCGCCUGAACGAGAUCGCUGACGAUCACGAGCCCAUGUUUACUCAAGCCACCCACGAUGACGGUGGUGAUGAUCAGGAAACUGCGCUCUUUGAGCAUUCUUGAGCACUACAGCAGCUCAGUCGUUGGUACAAUGGUUUGACUCUUGGACAAGCACGAACUUACGACUAACGCCGUGGACGCCGAAUGCAGCUCUAAAGUCACGACUUACGAUUCGUUCCAGUGGCUACGACGUACCAUUUUCUUGCCUCAAAUCCGACGCCAUGCGGUGUUUUUCCGUGUCUCUCUUCAUUUACGGUCGACCUCCUUUAAUUCACUUCCGGCUUCUGCAGAUCCUCGCCGACUUUUCUUGCGUCAACCUUUCAGUUUCAGGUCAA